CAGGCUCUCGUCGCACACUGUGCGGUGCCCUUUAACUGAAAUUGUAGCAAAGCCGAACGAAACCCAAUGCAGAAUGGGUAAUCUUCCUCUGCUAUCUUUUGUUAUGACCCUGUUCUUAUAUUCAUCUUUCAAUAUCUCAUCGGCUGUUGAUUUCUUAACCCCUUCUCAAACCCUCAGCGAUGGCAACACCCUGGUCUCGGAAAAUGGGUAUUUCGAGAUGGGUUUCUUCAGUCCUGGAAAUCCCAUGAAUCGUUACUUGGGAAUUUGGUACAAAAUCAUCCCGAUUCCCACUGUGAUUUGGGUCGCCAAUCGAGAAGCCCCGAUCAAGGAUCUUCAUGGUGUUCUAAGAAUCAACACCACAGCCAGUGAAAUCACUCUCACCCAGAAUGAUGAUCUUGUUGUUUGGUCAGCAAAAUCGUUAAAACCAGUGGAAAAUCCCAGACUGCAACUCCUGGAUUCUGGGAAUUUGGUCCUGAAAAAUGGGAACUCGGAGGUGUUCUUAUGGGAAAGCUUUGAUUAUCCAACGGAUACAUUGUUGCCAGGAAUGAAGCUGGGAUGGGAUUAUAAAACUGGCUUGAACAGAAGAUUAUCCGCUUGGAAAAACUGGGACGACCCAUCUCCUGGAACAUUGACCAUGGAAAUGGAGAAUCAUAGCUACCCAGAACCCGCCAUGUGGAAUGGUACUCAAGAGUUCAUGAGAUCCGGACCUUGGAAUGGGAUUCGAUACAGCGCCAAACCCUUCACCGCUUUCCCAAUUUUCGUCUUCCAUUACACGAAGAACAAAGAUGAGGUUUAUUACAGCUACCAGUUGAUUAAUCAAUCAAUGAUUGGAAGAAUGGUGUUGAAUCAAUCCAAGUUCAAGAGAGAGGCUCUGUUGUGGUCGGAAGCUGAGAAGAACUGGAAGGUAUACGCCUCAAUACCGAGGGAGUACUGCGAUACGUACAAUUUUUGUGGUGCUUUUGGGAGCUGCAACAUUGAGAGCAUGCCUUCUUGUAAAUGUUUAAAAGGGUUUAAGCCAAAGGUGCCUGAGAGAUGGAAUUUGAUGGAUUAUACAGAAGGGUGUGUUAGAAAUAGGCCUCUUAAUUGCUUGGAUGAAGUGGGGUUUGCUAAGUUUGUGGGGAUGAAAUUGCCUGACACUAAAUUUUCUUGGGUUAAUGAAAGCAUGAGGUUAGAUGAGUGCAGGGAGAUGUGCUUGAGGAAUUGUUCUUGUAUGGCGUUUGCUAAUACUGAUAUUAGAGGAUCAGGCAGUGGUUGUGUCAUUUGGGUUGGUGAGCUUGUUGAUAUUCCUGUGAUUCUUAAAGGUGGACAAGAUUUGUAUGUUAAAGUACUUGCUUCUGAGUUAGAGACAAAGAAGAAGAGCUCGUUGACCAUAGUUGUAGUUUUAGCUGCUGCUCUCAUUGUUGCUGCCCUGCUUUUGGUCGGAUUUUACGUUGUUCGAAGCAGGAAACAAGGUAAGAAGCUUGAAGUGCAAGAGGAAAGCAUGGAGCUUCCAUUAUAUGACUUAUCAACAAUAUCACAUUCGACAGACAAUUUCUCAAACUCCAACAAGCUUGGAGAAGGCGGUUUUGGUGCUGUCUUCUGGGGUAGGCUUCCAAACGGACAAGAAAUUGCAGUAAAAAGGCUGUCCAACCAGUCAAGACAGGGCAUGGAUGAGUUCAUGAAUGAAGUAAAACUUAUAGCCAAACUUCAGCACAGAAACCUUGUAAAGCUUCUGGGUUGCUGCAUUCAAGGGGAAGAAAAGAUGUUGGUCUAUGAAUACAUGCCUAAUAACAGCUUGGAUUCCUUCAUAUUUGAUUUGGCGGGAAGGAAGCUUUUGGAUUGGUCGAAGCGAUUCAACAUCAUAUGUGGAAUAGCGAGAGGGAUUCUUUACCUUCAUCAAGAUUCUAGAUUGAGGAUUAUACAUAGAGAUCUCAAACCGAGUAAUAUCUUGCUUGAUACUGAUAUGAUCCCGAAAAUCUCGGAUUUUGGAAUGGCUAGAACUUUUGGUGGCGAUCAGAUUGAAGGAAACACUAAGAGAGUAGUUGGAACGUACGGGUAUAUGGCACCGGAAUACGCUAUCAAUGGACAAUUUUCUAUCAAGUCUGAUGUAUUCAGCUUUGGGGUUUUAGUGUUGGAGAUUAUAAGUGGAGAGAAAAAUAAGGGGUUUCAUCGUUCAAAUCACGCUCUCAAUCUUAUUGGUCAUGUAUGGAGAUUAUGGAAGGAAGGAAGACCAUUAGAGUUUAUUGAUACAUCCAUUACGAACUUGUACGCUCCAUCUGAAGUAUUGCGAUGCAUCCAUAUUAGCCUUCUGUGCUUGCAAAAACAUCCCGAGGAUAGACCGACUAUGUCAAAUGUGGUUCUAAUGCUAAGUAGUGAUGGUGCGUUGGUGCAACCGAAACAACCUGGAUUAUACGUUGAAGGAGACUCACUUGAAGCCCGUUCUUUUUCAAAUGAAAAUGAAUUUCUUACUACUAAUGAGUUAACUAUUACCCAUUUGGAGGCGAGAUAAGUGUGUAAAAAUUUGUAGAUAUUAUAGGUCGGACACUUUAUCAGUGUAAAUCAUGUUAAGCAAUUGAACAAGUCUAUGACUAAUUUUAGCUUA